UCUGCUUCAGUUGUUGACAGUUCAAAAUACGUUUUCGACACAUCAGAGUUGUUUAUUCAAAUUGUGUAAACAUGGUAACAAAUAAAUUGGGUCGGAAGUGUUGUUGAAUUCGGUUGCAUGCGGUCAACAAAAUGCGCAAAAAUGCAAGCACAAGCCGAGCAAGAAGUGGCAGCCCAAUGUGGUGCAACACAGCGGAGCAUUGCGCACAGAAGAGCUGCUUUGUCAAUCCAACAUCAUACAACGUUAGCCAUUAUCCAUUGAGAAGCAUUGGCGGUCAGUCCAACCGAUUUGCAGCCUCGCAAUCCACUGCGCCGAGGCUGGCUAGUAAUUCACCUCAGCGGCGUCGCCUACUUAACUCCAAGAAAAAUGUGUUUUUAGCGUCCACGGCUAGACCCCAAGCGAAGCAAACGAAGCCAACGAACCGCCCUCAAGCGUCUUAUGUGGUGGAUAUGCAAUUACCAAUUCAUAGCUUCGAGGCUUCACGCCUAAACCAGAGUCCUAGACUGAGUGCUUCUAUGGGGGGCAACAAGCAGGAGAAAAAGCUGACUACGACGUUGGCAAGCAGUGGCUCCAAGGAUAUGUUGCACUCAAGUGCGUUGCCAGUGAUUAUGUUGAACGCCCAUACAGGGAGAAGAAGGCCUGUGAAGACAGCUCCGAUUGUCCAAAAGAAGUACUCCUCGAAAUCGAUUACCAGCAAACAGGAGGCGACUGUAGAAGAGCAGCGGAACAGAGCUGUCAAUAGGCCGACGGAGCCAGAAGAGGCCGAGGACGAUUCUGAAGCUGAAGCCGCUGCUGUUGACGAGAUCGAAUCCCAGUCGCAAACUGCAAUCGAAGAGGCAGCUCACUAUGAAGCGCUAAAGACUAAUGAUUUGAAUAACACCUUAAAACAGGAUCGUCGAGAGUUCCGGAGCUCAUAUCCGACGGCACACGUGAAUGUGCACGAAGAAAUCGAAACUGAGGUGGGCUUGGUCGCCUCUUGUGAGGUGACCGAAUCGCAAUAUAUCAGCUUUGGCUGCGACGAACUGAACGCUGAGGACUUAGAUCUGAGACAAGGCAGUUUCUGGAAGCCGCCAUCAGCCUAUUGUAUGUCGUCUUUCAUGUCGCCCGGCCAGCUGGGAAAAACAUCCUGCAUGAACGAAGCACAGCCAGCGGGUGGAUGUGGAUGUGGAUGUGGAUGUCGGCAGGGCCAGUUCCAGUCGCCCAGCAGCUCGAAAAGUAAUUAUUCAUGCAACAAUUGUGGCCGCAACCGGGCGACGCGCAUGCAACAGCCAGAGCAGCAGAUUCAGCCAAAUGCAAUGUAUGGCAAUUGCUGUCGUCAAGCGCCUUCCAUGCCCAUGCCCAUGCCUUACCAAGUGCCGCUGCAGGGUAGCCUAAAUGGUCUAACGGAAACGCUAGCCCAGCAGCUGCAGAGGCAAAUGAAACAGGCCCAGGCUCACAUCGAUCAUAUUCAGAUGCAGUUGAACCGCGCCUGCGCCGCAAAGGGAAUGCCGGAAAGCAAAUGUGCGAACAGCAGCGGUUGCAGUCUGCAGACGAGGGACCCCGAAGCAAGUGCCUCCCUGCCAGCAGACAUCAACGAGACAACGCCAAUAGAAACUGCAAGUGGCUCAGCCGAAGCCGAAGCUUCGCCAGUCUUAGCCCUUGGCUUCUUUGCCAUGAACGAUGAGCACACGCAACAGACGCCGUACUUCAGUGCCGUUGCCUUAGCGCAACAACAGCAACGAUUGUAUAUGCCGCAACAGAAUCCAAUGCCAUUUGCACAGCAGCAACAAUUUCUGCAGCAGCAGCAGCAGCAGCCGCCGCAGCCGCAGCUUCAGGGCAACCAACACAGACAGCCCUGUUGCCAGCAGCGUUAUGCCAAGAUGCGUUUCAUGAUGCCACGCUGCUGGCAGGGCGGCUCUUAGGACUCGAAAGGGAGUUGGUAAGGUAACGUGCCAUGUACAGUGAGGAAGGCGUGCCACAGCGACCUUGUGUAUAGAGUACGGUACGUUACGAACUCGAUUUAUUUCAGUUGGAGACCUUCGUCUAGAGUUGGGCUAUGUUCGAGUUGGUCAAUGCUUCCGUCUCUGAUCAAACAAUUGAAUUUUAUGAUAUUUGUAUUGCAAAAUUAGUCCAGUAAGUAGUAAUAAAAGUAGAUCACGUCCUGGUCUCUCAGCAACAGUCA